GGCUUGCAGAGUUUCAAAGCCGUGAGUCGCGGCGGGCCCUGCCUCAUUGCUCGAUCGACCCCCGUGGAGGGGCAAGGAGAAGACGCCGCUGGCGCAGCCGCGGUCCGGGUUAUUGUUUUUAGUUUUGCUCGACAGGUCAGCACGAAUGGAGGACGAGGCAGUGGUCGACCGUGGAUACGUCUACCAGAAGCACAAGUGUGACGAUGAGGAGGUGGAAGGCCACCAUGCCAUCUACAUCGGCGUGCACGUCCCCCGCGGACACCGGCGCAAGCGGAGGCACCGGCGGCGCGGGGCCUCGUCGGGCCGCUCGCGGGACGGGCGGCCGCGCGCGGGCUCCGCGUCCGAGGGGUCGGACGCGGAGCCCGCGUCGAGCGGGGGCGGUGCCGGCAGCGGCGGCGUCGGCAACGGGGAGUGCGUGAAGAACUUCAACUCCUCCGAGGACUUGCUGCGGGCCAGCACGACCUCGCUGGCCGUCUCUCCAGCGGCCGAGCGCGUCCGCUACAUCCUGGGGGACGAGGAGGACGUCCGCACCCCGCAGCUCUUCACCGAGCUCGACGAGCUGGCCAUGGACGGAGACGAGAUGGAGUGGAAGGAGACCGCCAGGUGGCUGAAGUUCGAGGAGAAGGUGGAGGAAGGCGGCGAGCGCUGGAGCAAGCCCCACGUGGCCACCUUGUCGCUGCACAGCCUCUUUGAGCUGCGCACAUGCCUGCAGUCCGGCACGGUGCUGCUCGACCUGGAGGCCUACAGCCUCCCGCAAAUCAUCGAGUGCAUCACUGAGCGGCAGAUUGUGGACGGCCUGCUGCGGCCUGAUCAGCGUGAUCAGGUCACCUUCACCUUGCUGCGCCGCCACCGCCACCAGACCAAGAAGUCGAACCUCCGCUCACUGGCCGACAUCGGCAAGUCCGUGUCGGGAUCAAGCCGAGGCCAAGGUCCCAUGCCUGGGACUAAUUUCCAUCGCUCCACUGAAGAUGUCAGGCUGCGACACAGCCAAAGUCUUGGGCGCUUGAACAGCCCGGGUCUCUCCCGGAGGAGCCUGGGUAUUGGGAUCGGAAGUCUCAAUGACAUCUCGGACAUGCCGGGAAAGGAGCAGAUGACCAACAAGUUCAUGAAGAAGAUCCCGCGCGAUGCGGAGGCCAGCAACGUGCUGGUGGGGGAGCUCGAACUGCUGGAGCGGCCCCUGGUGGCCUUUGUGAGGCUGCAGCAAGCGGUGAUGCUGGGCAGCCUCACAGAGGUGCCCGUGCCCACAAGGUUUCUGUUCAUCUUGCUCGGGCCAAAGGGCAAGGCUAAGUCGUACCACGAGAUCGGGAGAGCUAUCGCGACGCUGAUGUCCGACGAGGUGUUCCACGACGUGGCGUACAAGGCACGCGACCGGGAGGACCUCAUCGCCGGCAUCGACGAGUUCCUGGACGAGGUGAUCGUGCUCCCGCCCGGAGAGUGGGACCCCAACAUUCGCAUCGAGCCCCCAAAGACGCUGCCCUCACCCGAAAAAAGGAAGUCGCACUUCUCGGCCAUGGAGCCGGGAGCCAAUGGGGACGCUCCGCAGGAGGGCGGCGAUGGGGGUGGCGGCGAUGGAGGUGGCGGUGGCCACGGCACCGGGGAGGAGCUGCAGCGCACGGGACGGCUGUUCGGUGGCCUGUUCAAGGACAUCAAGAGGAAGCUGCCAUUCUUCUGCAGCGAUAUCUACGACGCGCUGAGCAUCCAGUCGCUCUCGGCCACCCUCUUCAUCUACUUGGCCACCAUCACCAACGCCAUCACGUUUGGCGGGUUGCUGGGGGAUGCCACGGACAACAUGCAGGGCGUGCUGGAGAGCUUCUUGGGCACGGCCCUGUCUGGCGCUGUGUUCUGUUUGUUCGCCGGGCAGCCGCUCAUCAUCCUGAGCAGCACGGGACCCGUGCUGGUGUUUGAGAGACUCCUCUUUAACUUCAGCAAGGAGAACGACUUUGACUAUCUGGAGUUCCGGCUCUGGAUAGGCCUGUGGUCGGCCUUCAUGAGCCUCAUUCUGGUGGCGACGGACGCCUCCUACCUGGUGCAGUACUUCACCCGCUUCACCGAGGAGGGCUUCUCCGCCCUCAUCAGCUUCAUCUUCAUCUACGACGCCAUCAAGAAGAUGCUCGGCCUCUUCAAUUACUACCCCAUCAACCUGGACUACAAGCCCGACUACAUCACACUCUACAGCUGCACCUGCCAGGCGCCGGACCCAGUCAACUAUUUUGUGAAUGGUACGCUAACAGUGGCAACCACCCUGGGCCCUAACGACACCAUUUUCUCUCUGCCGGACCUGGGCAAUGCGACAGGGCCCGACUGGUCGGCGCUCAGCAAGAAGGAGUGCUCCAAGUACGGCGGCAGCUUGAGCGGCAAGGCGUGCAAGUUCGUGCCGGACGUGGCCCUCGUGUCUCUGCUGCUCUUCAUGGGUACCUACUACACCACCAUGGCGCUCAAGAGGUUCAAGACCGGCCGCUACUUCCCCACCACGGUCAGGAAGCUGAUCAGUGACUUUUCAAUCAUUUUCUCCAUCCUGCUGUUCUGCGGGCUGGAUGCGCUCGUGGGCUUAGAGACGCCCAAGCUGCUCGUUCCCAGCGAGUUCAAGCCCACGAGCGCCAAGCGCGGCUGGUUCGUGCCGCCGUUCGGAGGGAACCCCUGGUGGGUGUACCUCGUGUCCGCAGUGCCCGCGAUCCUCAUCACCAUCCUCGUCUUCAUGGACCAGCAGAUCACCGCCAUCAUCGUCAACCGCAAGGAGAACAAGCUCAAGAAAGGCUCCGGGUACCACCUGGACCUGUUCUGGGUGGCCGUGCUGAUGGCCACGUGCUCCUUCCUGGGCCUGCCCUGGUACGUGGCCGCCACCGUCCUCUCCAUCGCCCACAUCGACAGCCUCAAGAUGGAGACGGAGACGUCGGCCCCGGGAGAGCAGCCCAAGUUUCUCGGAGUCAGGGAGCAGAGGAUUACCGGCGUCCUGGUGUUUGUGCUCACGGGAGUGUCCGUGUUCCUGGCUCCCAUCCUCAAGUUCAUCCCCAUGCCAGUGCUGUACGGAGUCUUCCUCUACAUGGGAGUUGCGUCCCUCAAUGGAGUACAGUUCAUGGACCGCAUAGCGCUCUUCAUGAUGCCAGCCAAGCACCAGCCGGACUUCAUCUACCUGCGCCACGUGCCCCUGAGGAGGAUCCACCUCUUCACCUUCAUCCAGAUUGUCUGCCUGGCCGUGCUGUGGGUACUCAAGUCCACCGUGGCCGCGAUCAUCUUCCCCGUCAUGGUGCUGGCGCUGCUGGUGGUGCGCAAGUCGAUGGAGUGCGUCUUUUCCCAGCACGACCUCAGCUGGCUGGACGAUAUCAUGCCGGAGAAGGACAAGAAGAAGAAGGAGGACGAGAAGAAGAAGAAUAAAAAGAAGAAGAAGAAAUCCAAGGGCGGCACCGACAGCGAGAGCGACGACGAGAAGCUGAGGCCUGUCGCGUCUGCGGAGCAGCUGCGCGCCGAGCUCCUUCCCAACAGCCAGAUGGAUCUCAUGGAUCGCCGUAUCACCCUGCACCUAAAGAUCUCGUGCCCGUCCCCCACCUCCAGCCCCAAGGCGCAGGUGAGCGGCCACUCGGUGCCACAGUUCAAGAUCCAGGUGGACUCGGACUGCGACACGGACCCGGACAAGUCACCGCUGUCCCAGCGCGACCACGGGGGAGAGACCAUGCUGUGAUCCUGGCUGCUGCGACCGCGCGACUCCGAUUGUUCGACUAUAAUCGCGCGAUCCUGGUAUCCGUUCUGUGUCAUCCCUUCCACCGUUGUGUGAUCCCUGCAAUGGUUGUGUUCUCUACAACGAUUAUAUUGUCCGUCCAAUUGUUCUGCAGUCAUCGCAGCCAUUCGAUAUGAUCCUUGCAACUGUUCUGUGAUCCCUGAAACAAGUAUGUGAUCCCUGAAACAUUUUUGUAAUCCCUAAACCAUGUUUUUCCCUGCAACCAUGCUGCAAUUUCUGUGAUGAUUAUGCAAACCCUGUAACGAUUAUGUGAUCCUUGUGGUGAAUCUGCACACUGCAACUUUUCUACAAUCGUCCUACAUUUCGUAUGACGACAGCGCAUUUCUUUUGACCAAACUGUGAUUUUCCCCUGCUACAAUCCCCGCAUCGAUCUCCUUUUUCUAUUGACACAUCCAAACCGUGCCAGCACAGGUUGUUUUCCACUGGAAAUUUUCCACACCGAGCCAUGGCCUCGCGAGACAUUCUCAAUCAAGCCACGCAAGGGCACGGCUAAUGCCUUGUUCAAUGCGCGUGACGUGGGCGCACUGUGAGGUCACAACGUCGGCACGUCACCUUGCACGCGUUUCGACGUCACGUGUUGCGUGCGUGCGGGCGUCUGUGGCACGGCUCGGGUUCUGCGGUGGAAAAACGUCAGCUGAGCCACCGUGGCUUCUGGCUCGGCACGGCACGGGCCCCGGUGCAGCUUGGAUGUGCCAGUGGAAAAAAGUGAUACGUCUUGCGAAGCGCCGACUCGUUGAGGCGUGUGCCCCCCCCCCCCCCCCCCC